AUGACGCGCCGACUCCGUAUCUUGAUCGCAUCAGCUCUUGCGAUUGCUACCAUUUGGUACUUGUCAGGAUGGACCACAUCCCAGGAAUAUACGCCGCCUGAAGCCCUGCCGGGCACGUACCACCAGGACGCGUCCGAGCACAUCAACUUCUGGCGCCAGUUCCAAUCGCUGUUGAUGGAACACAAGCCAAGAUGUGAUCCCCCGCGACGAUUGGCAAACGCAAACUCGACAGGCUUUAAAGCUUUGAACCCAGAUCCCCGACCAGACCUCCUGAAGAUGUCCACCCGCGAUGUUUUGCGCAUGAAGCGGGCGCACAUCGAGUUCGUCGAUGCCAUUACCACCAAACCGCCACAAUUGGCAUACGUCCCAGGCACAAAGGGUAUUGUCACUACCGCCGGCGGUGCUUAUCUCCCAGUGUUGGUAAUCUCACUACGCAUGCUGCGCCGCACGGGCUCAUUUCUUCCCAUGGAGGUCUUUCUAGCCUCGCGCGACGAAUAUGAGGAAUAUAUCUGCGACACGGUUCUACCGUCAUUAGACGCAAGAUGCGUUGUGCUGUCUGAUAUCCUCGAUGCAGUUCCAAAAAGCAAUAAAAUCGAGAAAUACCAGCUGAAGCCAUUCGCCAUGCUCUUCUCAUCCUUUGAAGAGAUCCUGUUCCUGGACGCCGAUGCGUUCCCGAUCCUGAAACCGGAGCUGAUCUUCGAGGAAGCCCCCCUUCAGAGACACCAAAUUUCCUCGCAGCAAGUGCCCCCGAUGGACUCGCGACAAUCAACCGAGUCAGGCGAAGUGGUCAUUUCAAAGAGAUCUCACCUGCGAACUCUCCUCCUAUCCACAUAUUAUAACUUCUGGGGCCCGACGCACUAUUAUCGCCUUCUUACCCAAGGCGCCGCAGGCGAAGGAGACAAAGAGACCUUUGUCGCCGCGGCAGUCUCUCUUGGCGAACCAUUCUACCAAGUCAGCGAAAGUAUCUGCGCAAUGGGCCACGCGACACAAGGCGGCCUCGCUGGAUCCGCAAUGGCUCAAUUCGAUCCGAUUGAAGAUUAUAGGUUGACGCAGCAGGGAGAAUGGCGUGUGAAUGGGUCAAAAGCUGCGCAACCGCGUCCAUUCUUCAUUCAUGCCAACUUCCCAAAAUUCAAUCCAGCCACUGUCUUUAGCAAACAGGCCGUAAACCCGGCUUUCUUGGACGAUGGGAACUAUACGCGGGCUUGGACGACGCCAGACGACUUGAUUCUUGGGUUCCCAGUUGAUGUAGAGAAACAGUUCUGGGCGGACAUCCUGUGGACAGGAUGUGAGUUGGAGACGAAGUUUGAGAGCUGGAAGAAUAAGACCGGGAUUUGUGAUGGGGUGAAGAAAUACUGGAAGGCUCAGUUUGGGCCGGAAGAUCCGGCUUCUGUAUAG